AUGGGCAAAAAACUGGACCUUUCCAGGCUGACGGAUGAAGAAGCCAAGCAUGUGUGGGAGGUGGUUCAGCGAGACUUUGAUCUUCGAAAGAAAGAGGAAGAACGAUUGGAGGAACUCAAGGGCAAGAUCCAGAAAGAGAGCACUAAGCGAGAGCUGCUUUCAGACCAAGCUCACCUGAACGAGACCCACUGUGGGCACUGCCUCCAGCCCUACCGCUUCCUGGUGAACAGCAGGCGACCCUGUGUGGACUGUCACCUGUUCACCUGUAAAAACUGCAGCAGCUACAACAGCAGGGAGCAAGGAUGGGUCUGCGACCCGUGCAGGCUGGCCAGGGUGCUGAAGACGGGCUCCCUGGACUGGUACUACGAGCACGUGAGAGCCAGGUUCAAGCGCUUCGGAAGCGACAAGGUGAUGCGCUCCCUGCACGGAAGGUGGCGAGGAAGCGGAGGCGGCUCCCCGGAGCCAGGUGAGGCGCAGCUCGGGCCGGUCGGGGGCGCUGGGGAAAGUGAGCGGACCGCUGAAGAGGCCGCCGCGGGGGCGGCCGCCGGGGCUCCCCAUCUCAGCAGAGAAAAGCGGCUGCUGGCUGUCCAUUCGUUUGACUUUGAAGUGGCCUCGGACUCCUGGGCUCAGCCUCUGCCGCCUCCUCAGCCCCUCUCAGAUGCUCCGAGUGCCGAUGAGGAGGAAGCUGCCUUCCCAAAGGAUGCCUCCAUCUUGGAGGCUUGCCCCACCCCCGAGGCCCAGGACGUUCUGGAGAAGCAGGGACAGAGCCGCCCCGAGGUCUCUCUGCCUCUGGACGCCGGCCCGGAAGGGAGCUCCAGCCCUGAUGGAGAUGCCCUGGGGAGUGACCAGUCCCAUCUCCCCUACUUUGCUGACACGGACACCUCCGAGGAGGAUGCUGAAAAGGCCCACAAGAUGGCGGCUCAUCAGCCCCACCCUUCCAAACGGAGAAGUUGGACUUCCUCCCAGGAAAGCGUGGCGCCCUCGGAAAACCAGAUCUUUGAAAUGAAUCAACGCAUGCUGGCCAUCGAAUGCCUGCUGGCUCGGCUAGAGGAGAGAAUCGUGGUGCCCCGGGAGGAGUCCUUCGGGCCUCGGCCCCGCACGGAGGCUGACUUGGAAGAGGAGGCCCUCAAGAGAAAGCUUGGAGAGCUGACCAGCAGGAUCAGUGACCGCGGAGCCUCCUCGGAGGAAGAAGAGGAGGGCCAGAGGGGGCCGAGCCCGGCCCAGAGCCCUGAGCCCAGGCCCGGCGAGGCCCAGCAGGCUAGCCAGACAUCCGGAGAGGACAAUCGGCCUCUUGGCCUUGAGGAACAAGCCACACGCACCGGAACCCCUGAUUCAGCACUCUCAGAACUGGAGGACAGAGUAGCCUUGACGGCCACUGAAGUCCAGCAUGCAAAGAGGGAGGUGUCAGAUAUAGAAUCUCGAAUUGCAGCUCUCAGUGCUGCUGGGCUCCCUGUCAAGACCUGGGAGAAACCAAAGAAGAAAUCAAACCUACAGAUUCUUCCCCUUCAGCCUACUGAGACCAGCCUGGGGGAGGAAGACCCAGAACUCUCUGGGGCCAACAAAGUCAUGUCUAGGCCACUUGUCCAGAGGAGAAUAUUCAAUAAUUCCCUUAAACUUCAAGACACAGUCGGUGGCCCUUUCAGCCGAAAGUCAGAUUACCGAGGCUCCUUGACCCAGAGGAACCCCAAUGGGAAAAACAGGAGGGUGGAUCACAUCUUUGCGGUAAGACGCUCCCCGCUCCAUUUCAUACUUCAGUCCGAUGAGUCUAUUGUUUAUAGCUAAAUACCAAAGGAUGGGCCAGCUGAGCCCAGCGAGGGUGGAGAAGAGAAAAGGGGGCGCCUUCGACUGGGCGAGGGUCCGUCUCCCAGAAUCCCGAGCGACCUGCUGGCCGGCACCAUGAAGCUUCUGGCCGUGGGCUUCGUGUACCUGCUGCUGGCCUGCCUGGCCCUGCCCGGGGCCGAGUGCCGGCUCCACGACCGCUCCAUGGAGAUCCGGACUCCUUCUGGCUACCUGCAGAUGGUGUGCCCAGCUGGUGCCAGACACUGA